AUGACUUUUGCAGAAAUUGUAAAAGGAUGGGAAACAGAUAAAUUGUUGCAAUUUCUAAUAAACCAAAGCAGGUUAAGGCCAGAUCAAGAAGAUAUUGCUCUUUUCAAAUAUCAAAAAAUUCGAGAUUAUUCUUUUCUCAACAUAAAAGAGAAACAACUUACAAGGUGCAAGUUUAAAUUUGGACCUGCAUGGGACAUUAUGUCCUUAAUUUCUAAUCUCAAUAACCAUGCAGGAAACUUUGUAUGA